GGAUCUUGAUUGUGAACUGAUCUCAGCCGUCAUCCAGGUUAUCUGCCCGGACCUUAUCCUAUCGCAAUCGAUCUGUGGAUCUCGUUGUGAGGAACUUGCAUUUAAGGCCGCGAUCACAGCGUGUUUCCGCUGUCGCUCAUGCUGCCCCACUCAAUCUUUGUCUUGUUACUCACUUUUCUCUUGAUGACACAGUGUCCAAACUGCAAUGUAGAGGUGCACAAUCGCGGCCUGUCCGUUCACCUGAGCCGAUACUGCAAGAUACGUGAUAUAGCCACCACGUCAGCUCUCGCUGAGCGGCGCGAGCGCGGGGAAGCUAUUUCUGAAGCUACUCGUUUGGAAGAUGAACGCAGGCAGGAAGAACAACGUGAAGAAGAGUGGGAGCACCUACGGCAACUACGGCAGCCUCGAGUGGAUGAGGUGCCGGAUAUUGAAAUGGAGCCACGGCCAUCAGGGCGUCCAAAUCGACAAAUCCGCCUCCCCAUGCGUUAUCGUAAUGAAGUCCCAGUCCUACCGAUCCCGGCCCCACCUCCCAUUGAUCGGGACGAGCCUGUAUCAGCGCUCGGAGACCCACCAGAUAUUGAGAUGGACUCUGAUGACAGAUCAUCACAUCAUAGCCAUGCAGAGCAUCCCGAGUGGUUCUGCACUGAUACAGACACAUUCGACCUUUUUCGUGAAUAUCCUCAUUCAUUUCCAACAUAUGACCCCGAACAUUCAGCCUACUUUGACGCACUUUGUGACUCCUCAGCAUUCCAGCAUGUUGAUGGGGACGCCGAUUACGAACGGCCGUGGUAUGCUGGCUUCGGACAAUCACUCGAGGCAGUCCACCAUGAUUACUUCGCACCAUUCCUUAAUGCCACUGUUUUUCGGCUCAUGACAUGGUUUUACAACUCGUCGAUCUCGAAAUCACUGCAAGAUCUCAAUUGUUUAGUCAACGAUGUCAUUUUAGCGGAGGAUUUCUGCCGAGAGGAUUUGCUAGAUUUCAAUGCAUCUAGGGAGGCAUCGCGUCUUGAGAAGGCCCAACAUGACCCUGCCUCCUCGAUAUUCUCCUCUGAUGGAUGGCAUGAAACCUCGGUGAAGAUCCGACUUCCUUGUGAAAAAGACAAGUUCUCCUCUGAAGAUUGCGCGCCUGAAUUUGAAGUUAAUGGGCUUUAUUACCGCAAGCCAUUGGAAGUGCUCAAAUCUGCAUACCAGGAGGUUGCAGCGAAGACGUUUCACACAAAGCCAUACAAACUAUUCUGGCAACCUGACGACGACGAACCUCCAGAGAGGAUCAUUACCGAGCUGUACACAUCUGAUGCCAUGCUUCAAGAGCAUGAGAAGCUCGACUCGCAGCCAAAUGAACCAGGCUGUAACCUGGAAACUGUCAUUGGUGCGAUCAUGCUCUGGUCUGACUCUACUCAUCUAGCAAGUUUUGGAAACGCUUCUCUGUGGCCGAUAUACUUGUUUAUUGGCAAUCAGUCAAAGUAUAUUCGCGGCAAGCCAACAUCAUUCGCAGCGCAUCAUCUCGCAUAUAUUCCAAAGCUAUCAGAUACUAUCCAAGAUUUCUACAAGAAGACUUUUGGUCGUAGUGCGACGGGAGCAGUGCUCACACACUGCAAACGUGAAUUAAUGCAGGCCGUUUGGCACUUCCUACUCGAUGCCGAUUUUAUAGAUGCAUAUCAACAUGGCUUUGUUGUCAAGUUCCCUGAUGGAGUCUCUCGUCGCGUGUUUCCUCGUUUUUUUACUUAUUCUGCUGAUUAUCCAGAGAAGGUUCUACUUGCGUGCAUGAAAUUCCUUGGAAGGUGUCCAUGCCCACGGUGUCUUGUUAGCAAGGACAACAUUUUCAAAUUAGGGACAAAGUUCGAUCGACGACACCGCACCAGAAAUUCUCGAGUCGACAAUCAUCCACGGCGUAGUUUCAUUGAACGAGCCCGUGAACUCAUAUUUGUUCAAGGCUAUAGUGUAGUCAGCGCUGCAAUUGAGAGAAUCGUCGGUACCACCUCUGUGGCACCUAUUCGUAAUGCCUUUUCAGAGAAGUUUUCCAAGUUCGGUUUCGAUUUCCACUCGAUGCUUGUGCCUGACUUUAUGCACGAGUUUGAGUUGGGAGUAUGGAAGGCAACCCUUACUCAUCUUCUCCGAAUUUUGUAUUCAUAUGGAGGUACUGCUGUGCAAGAUCUCAAUGAGCGGUCUUACGAAACUUGCAGCGCGUGAUUUUGAAGACCUGCUUCAGUGUGCAAUGCCAGUAUUUGAUGGUCUUCUACCGGAACCGUUCAACAACUCAAUCCUCAACCUUCUGUUUGAGCUGGCCACCUGGCAUGCAUUUGG